AUCUGAGGGAUUUGUUAGAAUGAUAACAUCAACAAUUUACAGGGAGUUUCAUUAAGGGCCAGGCACCAGCAAAUUCAUCAGCUGUGAGGAUGACUUUGCCUGCCUGGCUUGACCAUAUAGGGGAAAGCUUUCUUAUAAAGAAGAUUUGUCCACCUGUGAAAAACAGUCGUCCUCCGGCUGAAAACGUCACUAAAGCCCCUACAAUUUAGCUUCCAGCUAGGUUCAAAAAUAUGCACAGCUAUUUGUUCUUGGACACUAUCUGUCAUAAAGACCAACCUAGUGAUUUAGGAGCUCGUGUCCUGUCUGUGAUAUUAAAGCCUUACUGAGGUGUUAUUGUUACAUGCCGUGUUCUCAAAGUCCUCAGAUUCACCUACUAAUAUAUAAAUUAAUAACGCUUCGUUCUGCUUGCAUUGACCUCUGCAAGUUACUUUUCAAUUUGAUGGAAUAAAUCUUACUUAUGAUAAUAUAAGAACAAGCCACAAAAGGGCAAAUAAAAACAGAAAAAACGCUUACCUUGGAAGAAAUAAUACGCGAAACACCCGCCAUCUUUUCGAAGACAUCAUGCUCCUAGACACGUGGCCCUAGAUUGUGCUUUUAGUGUAUGAUGGGAUACUUCAACCGGAUGUGACAUCCGGCUAGACCUGCCCGUGUUAGCACCUGUUUUUGGGCAGAUUUUCUAGCCUCCAUUCAAGAUUGGCUGCUUAGUUUACCUUCAGCCAACGAAAUAUUUAUGCCCUGAUUUAUGCGAAGAUAGUCAUAAAAACAAAGCAGGGUGAAUGUAGUCCUUUACAAUGGAUACGCUCAAAGACAGAAAAGCCAGACAACUCAAGGAAUACUUUCAGUUUCAAUGUUACCGGAAAGCCGGCAUAAUAGAGUUCUAAUGGCUGUUUUUGUCAUUUUCUUAUUAAUUAACUUUCUAUAAUAGUGGUAAAGCUAGAACGCCCGAACGGCCUGUUUUUAAAACAGGCAGAUUCCCGAUUCUCGUCUUUUAAAAGGGACGGGAAUCGGGAUAUCUUCCGGGUGUCUCUCGAAAGUGUCACGCGAUUGGCUGUUUCCACACGUGCUGUUAAUUAUAGCAGACCUCACGAAUCGAUAAUGUCUUCCUGACGAAAAACAAAACAACGAUGGCAAGAUAAAUUUAAGGAUAUUCAAGUCCAUCGCCUCUCCUUUUGGUAAAUAUGUCGAGCAGUAUUUUCAAACGACGUGGUACAGCUGUUGCGGCAGCGGUUUUCGCUUUUGUAGCGUUUGUGAUGAUAGUGGCUGCCCUGCUUUCUGAAUACUGGGUUAUGGCGGACCUUGAACGACAAGUUGGAAAUUCGACUCAGAAAGGAGGAUCUAAACAUUUUGGAAUGUUUAAAGGAGUUAGCAAGCAGGAUUUUGGACUCGGAGCUAGGGAAAGAGACUUUAAAGUCAUUGAUGAGUUUGAGGGUGUGGCUAAUGAUGAUGUCAUGUGGGCGACAGUAGGCUUCAGUAUUCUCAGUCUGCUAAUGAUAUGUAUAAUGAUUGCACUGUCCUGUUACAAUGAGUUCACCAAGCCUGAUUUAACCAUCUGUGGUUCCAUUGGGAUAUAUAUUUGUUGUGGACUUGCUUUUUUCUUUGUGCUAACUUCAGUCUGUCUGUUUGCUGCGUUAUUUGAAAUCCAACUCAAGAAGAAUGUUCUGCAACCCCAGGAUCAAAAGCGAGGCUUCUCAUCCACUGACAAGGCUCAGCUAGGAUAUUCCUUCUGGAUUUUGCUAGGCUCUGCUGGAGUUUUACUAAUUUGUCCACUGAUCAUUUUGAUGAAAAACAUUCACUGCACACAUUACUUUAAAACAAGAAAGCAUGAGAUAUCUACUGUAGAUGGAGUUAUGCUGUAUUAAGUUAUCAGGCUUGUUUUUGCCUUUUCAUGACAAAACACCAAGAACAACAUUUAUUAGGUUCCCUAUUUCCCAAGCAAAGGAAAUAGGAGAUCCCUGCAAGAAGGCUACAGGAUCUUUGAAAAAUUAUAUUGCUAAAUUUUCACAGUAAGGACACUGGAAUCAUGAACACUUGAUACUUUUUUGUAAAUAUAUCUUGGUGACCACAGAAUGAAGGCUCUUUGGAUCACGCGUACUCGAUUGAGUGUCAAUCAAGUGUUAAUCAAGUGUUGAUCAAGUGUUGAUCAACAUGUCGAUCGAGAUGAGUGAGUGUGAAGCGAGGGUUGAUUGAGGGUAUUAAUCGACACUCAACCACAGAUGCCUUUAGUACAGAUGAUCAGGCUCUUCUUGUAAUGUACAAGAAUAACAUUUUGAUGUAAAAACACUAAAUAUGCUUGUCAAUAAGAGCCUUCAUUAUACAGUUACUCGUAAUAAAAAAUGUACUAAAGAGAUUAAAGUGUUCAAGUGUCCUCACUGUAAGUGUCUUUUUCAUUUCACGAUGCAAAAUUUAAAACCACUACCAGCACGUGAGGCUAGCGAUGUUUUACAACUUAAUUACCCAUUAUACAAUGAAAGUGACCUAUAGCCAGCUAAUCAUAACUAUUACUUCUACAGUAUAUUUUCUUUGCAUGCUAUUAAUGUGCAUGAUCACUUCAAGAGGUUUUGACUGAAAAUGAAAUGCUCCCAGAGGUACACAGAGUUUACAAUAAGUAAUACGGAGAAAUUAAUUAAAAAGUUACGGUAAACAUUGCCUUAUUAUUUAAAGCUUUAAUUAAAUUAUUUAAAACCUUUACAUUAAGUGGUAUCUAUGAUCUACUGACAGAGUUGGUAAGACUUAUUAACUCCUUGAGUGCCUGACCAUUGUAUACACUGUGUGCCACACCAUUUUCACUGAAAAUGGGUGUCUAGUAAAAACCUUCAUAUGCCAUAAGCUUGUUCACUUAAGCUAUGGACAUGUGCACAUUUUCUGAAAGGUCAUAUAAGUCUCUUCAAUGCAGUUAAUUUCACUGAAGGUUGAUGUAAUUUGAUAAAUCCAUUUGACUUCACAGCAACGGGAAAUUACAUUUCUGUCGAAAAACCUCCUACAAAUCUCAGGUGCCGAUAAAAGUGUGCUGGGAACUUAAGUAAAUCUCUUAAAACUUUGAUGUACCCAGUAAGUCGUAGAGGCACCUGAGGAACUAAACUCACGAGUACAUUAUAUAGGCACUCAAGGGGUUAAUAAUAUUCUUUGGUGUUUUUUUUUAUCUAAGUCUCCACGGGAUUGAUAUUUUUUGUAUAUAAACAUUGUUUAUUGCUAAAUUAUUGACUACAGUAAUAUUUAUAUUUAUGAGUACAUCUCUUGGUGGAGUUUUGAAUUAUUGAUUUUUAGCUGUAAUUUAAAGAUAAUAAUAAUUAUGUGCGAAGAAAUACACCAAAAAAUUACUGUCUACUGAUUGUUGGUCAUCGCUAAAAACUUCCUAGGUGAGUGAUGUGUGUGUGCUGAAAGGGAAGUGAGAGCAUUGAGUAUCACAGGAUAAUAAUUAUGAAAUAUUUAUUUGACAUUUUAAGUUAUUCAUUACAGUUUUUCUUUCUUCAGAAAACACUGCAUAAAUGAAAAUUUUGUCCACAAUAUAUUGUAAACUGGGUUUAUGGUCAUAAAUGUAACUAAUCCUAAUUUGCUAUGUUAAAUGGCUUUGAUGUACAUGGAAAUUAAUAAAAGGUUUGGGUAUAAAGUGUUAUUAAUGGGCUUGAGUGAGUGCAGGCUCGUUUCUGGAAACAGCAGCUGGUAAUCAAGCCUAUGAUAUUAAGGUAAUAGCAUUUCACAAAAAAA